AUGCAAGCCAUCCGCCUCCACCCCGCUCCGCCCACCAGCCCCAACCCCUACUCCCCCACCAACCCGGCCCCCGCAACCGCCCUCCACCUAGACGCCCAAAUCCCCAUCCCCAAACCCUCUCGCCCCGGCGAGUUCCUCAUCCGCGUCCACGCCACCACCAUAGUCCGGGACAUGCUCACCUGGCCCGAGACCUACCACCACGACUACGCCAUUCCCGGCAACGACUUCGCCGGCACCGUCUUAGAAGUCUAUGACAGUAGUAGCAGCAGCAGCAGCAGCAGCAGCAGUGCAUUCCACCCCGGCGACGAGGUCCUAGGCAUGACGCACGCCGACCGCGCCGCCGCCUGGGCGGAGUACACCGUCGCGACAGCCGAAGAACUCAUCCGCAAGCCCGCCGGGUGGAGCUGGGCGGCGGCGGCGGGGUUGCCGCUGAGUGCGCUGACGGCGUACGAGGCGCUGUUCGUGCAUGCGGGGGUUGUUGCGCGGCCGUCGAUCGAGGAUGCCGUCAGAAGUGUCGCAAGCAAGAAGCUGAGAAUCUCAUCCAAUCCCCAGUCUGUCUCGGGCGGUGAUGAGCCGGAUGCUCCGCAAGUCAGGAUCUUGGUAACAGGCGCCGCCGGCGCCGUGGGGAUUCAUCUGGUGCAGCUUGCUUCCGCUGUUGCGACGGUGCACGUCGUCGCUGCGACGAGCUCGGACGCCCGGAAUAGGGAGUUCCUGCGAGGGCUGGGGGCGGAUGAGACAGUUGAGUAUGCAGGUCUGGAGACAAUGGCUCAGCAGGCGGGGUUUGAUGUCGUGGUUGAUGCGGUGGGCGGGGAGUUGCUGGCGCGGUGCUGGGGGUAUGUGAAGGAGGGUGGGGCGCUGAUUUCGGUGGAUUCGGGCAGCUUUGACUUUGUUGAACGGCAUAAGGAGCGCGGGAUUGGGAGGGAGGAUGUUCGCGCGCGGUUUUUUAUUGUCGCCGGGGGUGGGGAGGAGUUGCGCUGGUUGGCGGGAUUGGCGGGGGCGGGGGCGUUGGUGUCGUUGGUGAAUCGGACGUAUCCUUUUGAGAGGGUGAGGGAGGCUUAUGACUUUGCUAAUGGAAGGUCUGAGGGGAGAGGGAAGGUGGUUCUUGUUCGUUAGGAUAGUGGUUAGCUUGUGGAGGGUUUAUUCGCUGGAUGGUGGGCGUGGGUGAGGGCUGGAGAUGAUGAUCAAUCGGGUGUAGGGCUUAUGGGUGUAUCUCUAGGAGACUAUCAUGGC